UUUGCCUGAGUGAGAGGAAGCACAUCUCUUAUGCAGAUGGACAUUUGCACCAGCCGGAAGUUUAUACGUUGAUCUUAAAAUUCUAUACAAGGGCUUUUUCACUUUGCUGCUUAAAGAUGAUGUCCAGGGCGCCAAGGUGGCAUGACUCCCUGGUUAACUCUAAGCCCAAAAAACCUGCACCGAAGCCAGGGGGGAAGGAACCAGCAGCUGUUCCUGCAUGCAGUGGAUGUAAACAGGCUGCCAGCAAAACCAGCAUUACUUAUGGAAGGAGCAAAAGCCUCGGCAGCAGUGAUAUUGAGUUGACGGUCAGUGAUAAUAAGGCUGGUGGUAAUAAAGCUGGUGGUAGUUUGAAGAGAGGCAGCGUCAGCCUGCAGGGCCACCAGGGGCCCAGAGCAGUAUCUCGCCCCGGCAGACAGGCUCUCCGCCUCUGCAGCAGCCGGAGCUUUACGUCCCUCCAGAGCUCCUCUAUCUCUGCUGCUCCAUUCAUGAGAAGCAGCCGCUCUCUCAACAAGCUCGACCAAACAUCCACUGGAGACGAUUCAGGGCAUGCAGUUAAAACAGGACAAACUGCAACAAAGAAACCCCUGGAUUCUGGACCGCUGUCUUAUUCUGAGAAGCAGCUCAGAGAUGUUGAUGAUCAGUGUGAAGGGGAUGAGGAUGAGAAAAUGAAAACAAGGAGCUCCUCCGAGCUUCAGGAGUCUCCCUCCUCUGCAUGUCAUAAUCACUGUAACAAAGUAAAGAAACAGACCAUAGAUGGGGUGCACACACUCUGUGCCAUGACCUCUAUGCGACACAACUGGGUCCAAGCAAUGUUGAAAAAUGUGAGGCACAGUCCUACGUCUGACGACACAAGCUCCUUUUCAGAGCAGAAAGCUCCCUUAAAAUCACAGCAGCCAGGACUCAGCCGAGGGCCUGGAGAGAGCUGAUCACCCAGACAUCUUUUUACACGAGCACACCAGCAGUGACUGUGCAGAGGAAACACACAGGCAGCAGAAAAACCAGGACCUGCCCCUGCAACCGGAGGCAGAGCGGCGUUCUGCUGAUGGAAGCUCUUCAUCGUCUGCCAUCUCCUCC